AUGAUGUCCUACAUAAAGCAGCCCCAUUACACCAUGAAUGGGUUAAAUUUGCCCGGCCCCGGGAUGGACGUGCUGCACACCACCGUCGCUUAUCCUGCAGCCACUCCCCGGAAGCAGCGCAGAGAGCGCACCACCUUCACCCGGACACAGCUGGACAUCCUGGAGGCGCUGUUCUCCAAGACCCGCUACCCAGACAUCUUCAUGAGGGAGGAGGUGGCCCUCAAGAUCAACCUGCCCGAGUCACGUGUGCAGGUUUGGUUUAAAAACCGCCGUGCCAAGUGCCGCCAGCAGCAGCAGCAGAGCACCGGCCAGUCUAAGCCCCGCCCCCCUAAGAAGAAGGCCUCACCAGUGCAGGAACCCAGUGCCCCUGAUCCUGUUCCUAACCCAUCUGGCUCUUAUAGCCCCACUUCAGCCCAAUCAGGGCCCAGCCUGGCUCCAAGCUCCAGCACUGGGAACACCGCCGUGUCCAUCUGGAGCCCAGCCAUCUCACCCUUGCCUGAUCCUCUGGCCUCCUCCUCGGCGCCCUGCAUGCAGCGGCCCUCACCGUAUCCUAUGAGCUAUGGCCAGCCGUCAGCCUACACCCAGGGCUACGCCAGCACCACCUCCUACUUCACCGGCCUGGACUGCAGUGCCUACCUGUCCCCCAUGCACUCGCAGCUGUCAGGCACCGGGGGCGCUCUCAGUCCCAUCACUGUGCCCUCUAUGGGGGGCUCCCUGAGCCAAUCCCCAGCAUCGCUGUCCUCACAGGGCUACAGCACUGCCUCCUCCCUGGGCUUCACCUCUGUUGACUGCCUUGACUACAAGGACCAGCAGGCCUGGAAACUGGGCUUCACCACAAUGGACUGCCUGGAUCACAAGGACCAAAACUCCUGGAAGUUCCAGGUCCUCUAG